AUGGAUGCUGCCAGGGAAUUCGAGGCUGUGCCACAGUCCUCCUCCGGCGCCACCGCCGGCGCCGGCGCCGGCGUGGAGGUGAAGGUGGCUGAGCUGGCGGAGAAUGGAGUGGGUGGGUGGGAGGAAAUCGAGGGUGUGAUGAGUAGAGCAAAGUCGUUAAUGGAUAAAAUAACAGAAAAUGCAGAAAACCCUAACCCAAUUGUGCUUCAUGCUCUUUCCACCAUAAUUGAGUCUCUUGAUGCAAGUUACAUGACAGACGCAGAUCGUUCCUCGACAAAUAAUGGCAACAGCUCUUCUCAUGAUAAUCUUGGAUGCAUUUGGAAUCUUAUUCGGAAGAACGACGUGUUUUUUCGAUUGAUAUCUUUCAAGUUUCUGACCGAUAGAAGAUAUUCUAAAUCCGUAAACGCGGCUACUGUACGCCUUAUUUUCAAUUGCUCGCUGGUUUGGAUGAAAGGGAUACAGAAACCGCAUAUAUUCGAAGACGACGUUGUUGAUAAUUUCUUAGGCUGGUCGAUGAACGAGCCACAAAGAAAUUCCGGUGCUCAUCUCAAAUUGGAGAAUAUUGAAACGAUACGGCAAAUAUUAGAUGUCGAAAUAUUGCACACAUACUCCGUUGCUCUUCUUUCCGUAUGCUUGACUUUUGGGUGCCUACGAAUGAAAGAUGCCUUAACAACGUACGGAUUGCCGGUUAUGCUAAUGCAAUAUUUACGAAGUGGGGUUUUGGGCGAAGUAAAAAAGACUGCAUUUGAUGCUGCUCUCAUAUGGAAGUUAACUAUGCCGAAAACCGAUAUCGGUGAAGUUUACAUAGCAAGCUUCGAUUCACUUACACAGCUAAGGGAGAAAGCAUGUGUUAAGUGUCUGACGGUUAUGGGGAAGCGUAUCGAGAGUAUCGAACCUCUUCUUCAUGAGAAGGCGGUUGAUAUUUCCAUUGAGUUAUUAAGGAAAUCUGUGAAAAUUGGCGAGGGUGUACCGUUAUCGAGAAGUAUACUAUACUUGCUCGAUGUUUUGAAGAGAGUUGUUGACGUUCCGAGAAAUAAGCAAACAUUUUUCAGUCUCUCUUUGCUCUUAUUCGCCAUUAAUAAGUUUAAGGGCAUAAUGGAACACGUGUGCGAUCUUCCUUCAAACGUCAUCGAAACAGUUGUCGAGUUGGCUUUGGAGCUUCUUGAGUGUCGGAAUGAUUUAUCGAGCCAAAAUGCCGGUUUAUUCAUCUCGUCCGCUUUUUCUUUCCGUGCGUUCGUCGAAGCAUUCGACAGAAAGGAUGGUUUGCGAAAGCUUCUUUGUCAUCUGCAAGAGUAUGCUUCCAAUAAGAACAAAGCCCACUGUACUUGCACUGCACUGCACCGGUACAUGAAAGCGCACCUCCACUUGUUUGUCGAUUCCAUUUCACACGUCUCGAAAGUUAGGGUUUCGUAUAGACAACUCGACUUAAGCAACGAGGCACUGGACGUUGUGUUUCGUAAAAUACAAAAGGAUCAGAAAGUGGGGCCCGCUUUUGCAAGGGCGACGAGCUGGCACGCCGUCGACGAAUUCUUACGUUUGAAAGGUCAUAUUACCGUGUUGGAGAUGUGCCAGAACACAUAUAGGUUACAAGAUUUGCUUCCACACGUACUCGGUGUAUUGCAUAUUGUAACUUUAAUUCCAUACAGCCGUGAAAUAAUAAUAAACGCAACAGUAAGCGAUGGUCGAGUCGGCAUGGCUGUUAUUUUGGAUGCAAUAAUGACCCCUGCCGACGUUAAACCAGAGGGUGCUGAGCCGGCGCUACAUCUGUUGAUAAAUCUCCUCUGCCCUCCUCAAUCGAUGACCGACGAAUCAAAUGCAGCCAUCGUGCCACAUCAGCAAGCUUCCUCUGAACGAGAGAAGCUAGAACAAGAAUAUCGACAAGCUCGAAAAGCUGUUCAUGCAAACAAGGGAAUAAAAGCUCUUAUUCAGCUUCUUCAACCCCGGAAAUUUAAAUCCCUCCGUGUUCUGAUAUGCCGAGUCUUUCUUGGUUUAGCCAGAGAUAAUGAAAUCGCGGAUAUAUUACUAAAGCUUGGGGUAGCGGAAAAAGUAUCGGAACUUACUCGAGAUUCCGGAAAACAAAGCUCUAGUGGUGAGCAUAAUACGUGGGAGGCAGAGCUUGCCCAAGUAACUGUUGAGCUAAUCGCGGUGGUAACUAAUUGCGCAAAGGCAAGCACUUUAGCGGCGAACGAUGCUGUAAGGACAACUGCUAGUUGCAUCGAAAGAGCCGCCAUUGCUGCUGCAACUCCCAUCACUUACAAUAAUAGAGAACUUCUGCUCCUCAUGCAUGAGUAUCUUCAAGAAGUGGGCCUAGCAGAUAGUGCAGCUGCACUUCUCGAAGACGCUAACUUAUCGCCAUCUGCCCCGAAAUCUACGGAAGUUAUACAAAUGCAAUGGCCUUCUCGAGUUUCUCCCGGUGGAUUCUUUUCCGAGAAAUCCAAAAACAGUUCACAUGGUAAAUCAAAGCUCAAAAUCAAACUGAAGGACAGUUCACAAAGAUGUAUUUCGUCUUCCAAAAAUGCACAAGAACUGCCAUUAUCAUCCACUUCAGUUGUACCGAUGAAGCGAAAGCUGAACGAGACUGCACCACAAGAAAGACGAGUCAAGUCAAAUUACGAUUUUACCCAUGAGAGAAUCACGUUACAUUCACUCGUCAUUCAAUAUCUGAAGCAGCAACACGAACGAUGCUCAGCUCCAAUUACGACAUUGCCCCCACUUUCACUCUUGCACCAUCAUUCCUGCCUGGAGUCAAAACAGUGUCCCGAUUCUUCGUAUAAUGUGACAGGAAGGAUCGGCGCACGUGAAUACACAAGUCUUUGUGAAGGGUUUGAUGCAAACCGCAACGAUCGAAAAUUUAAGUACAGUAGAUUCAGACUGAGAAAAACUUUCGGCGACGAAUCAAAGCCCCUUCUAACUAGUAUGGCUUUCCUCGGAGAUUCUUCUCAAAUUGCGACGGGUGGAUCUUCUCGUAAAGUGAAAAUUUUCGAUUACAACGGUGGAAGCAAAAGCGUGGCGGAGAGUUCCGCCAGUCACCGAUCUCAAUUGACUCUUUUGCAGUCUCAUUAUAAAAACGGGGCUCAACUUCUUCUUUCGUCGAGCUCGGAUCACGUUUGCUUAUGGAGCAGAUCUUCACUUUCACAUGGUCCGGUGCAUUUGUUUGGAAGAAUCAGACGCGCGCAGUUCAGUAACUGCGGUGCCUUAUUCGGUGCAGUACCGAUGGAGACUUUUCAGCGCAAGAUUUAUUUGUUCGAUAUCGAGACGUGUAAGCUGAACCUGAUGCUCAAAGAUGACAACACAAGAUAUUUAGAUGAUCAGGCAAAUGCGAAUUCACAAAUUCACUUCGCCGCAACGAAAUCUAUGCUUCUUUGGGAUGGAGCUUUGUGGGAUUGCAGAGAUGUAAAACCGAUUCACCACUUUGAGCGGUACACUGAUUUUGGUGGUGGUGGCUUUCAUCCUGCUGGAAAUGAGGUAAUUAUAAACUCGGAGGUGUGGGAUCUACGAAACUAUAAGCUUCUCAGAAGUGUACCGUCACUGGAUCGGACGACGAUUAAAUUCAAUUCCGGUGGUGACGUCAUCUACGCAAUCAUGAGGAGGAACAUCGAUUAUGUGACGUCAGCGUUCGACGCUCGCCGGAUGAGGAACGAUUUCGUCUCCGCUUUCCGCACGGUCGACGCCAUGAGCUACUCCGACAUCGCGACGAUUCCGGCGGAGCGCUGCGUGCUGGAUUUCGCGACGGAGCCGACGGAUUCCUACGUCGGCGUGGUUGCCAUGAACAGCAUAAUUGACCGCCGGUCUACGGCUAGGGUUUACGAAAUCGGCCGGCCGGAGCGGGUCGGCGGCGGAUCUGCGGCGGCGUUGAGUAGCGAGGAGAGAGAAGUUGCGUCCUCGCUUCUGGAGAUGCAUCUGAAUCGGAACGACGGCGACAGAGAGCGGUGGAGUGACGGCGGCGAAGAGGAAGAUGAGGAUACUGAUUGGGAUGUUACCGAGGAGGAGGAGGAAGUUGAGAGUGAUAAUGAUGAAUCAGAAAGCAGCUCUGGAGACGAAGAUUAA